CGGGUGUGAGUGGUACGCGCCCCCCGGUGCAGACGCGGAACUGGCGCCCGCCUGCAGCCGCGCGGGGCCGGCCUGGCAGCUUCCUGGGUGCUCGGAAGGUAAAGGAGCCGGGCCUCUGGGAGCCCUAGCUGGGCACUUGAGGACUUCUAGUGUUGAGGAUUGAACCCUGGGCUUCACACAUGCUAGGCAAGCACUCUACCACUGACCUGCACCCUCCCCAGCCCCUAUCCUACUUGCCAUUUGACUCCGGGAACGCAUAAACCUAAGGGACACUCAACCAGAUAAUAUCAGAAUUCCUCCUGAGAAUGCUGAUCCCUUGCUUAGUGUCCUGAAGUUUCUCUGAGAUGAACCAAUGAAUUGGAACCAUGGUGCAAAAGAAGAAAUUCUGCCCUCGGUUACUUGACUAUCUAGUGAUCGUAGGAGCCAGGCACCCAAGCAGUGAUAGUGUGGCCCAGACUCCUGAACUGCUUCGGCGAUACCCACUAGAGGAUCACCCCGAGUUCCCCCUGCCCCCAGACGUAGUGUUCUUCUGCCAGCCAGAGGGCUGUCUUAGUGUGCGGCAGCGGCGCAUGAGCCUUCGAGACGACACUUCUUUUGUCUUCACCCUCACCGACAAAGACACUGGAGUCACUCGUUAUGGCAUCUGUGUUAACUUCUACCGCUCCUUCCAAAAGCGAAUGCCUAAGGAAAAGGGGGAAGGUGGAACAGGAUCCCGCGGGAAGGGAUCCACCUGUUCAUCGGAAGAGGCUGGCGCCGAGAGCUCCGAGAUUGGCUCGUCCCUGCAGCCUCCUAGUGCUGAGUCCACUCCUGACAUGAACCAGUCUCCUCGGGGCAAACGCCGGGCAAAGGGAGGCAGCCGUUCCCGCAACAGCACCCUGACGUCCUUGUGUGUGCUCAGCCACUACCCAUUCUUCUCCACCUUCCGAGAGUGUCUGUAUACCCUCAAACGUCUGGUAGACCGCUGUAGCGAUCGACUGCUGGGCAAGAAACUGGGCAUCCCUAGAGGAAUACAAAGGGACACCAUGUGGCGCAUUUUUACUGGGUCACUAUUAGUGGAGGAGAAGUCAAGUGCCCUUCUGCAUGACCUUCGGGAGAUUGAGGCAUGGAUCUAUCGAUUGCUGCGUUCCCCAGUACCUGUCUCUGGGCAGAAGCGAGUGGACAUUGAGGUUCUACCCCAAGAGCUACAGUCAGCUCUGACCUUCGCUCUUCCAGACCCUUCUCGAUUCACCCUCGUGGAUUUCCCUCUCCAUCUUCCCUUGGAACUUCUGGGUGUGGAUGCCUGUCUCCAGGUGCUAACAUGCAUCCUGCUGGAGCACAAGGUGGUGCUGCAGUCCCGAGACUACAACGCACUCUCUAUGUCUGUGAUGGCAUUCGUGGCAAUGAUCUAUCCCCUGGAAUACAUGUUUCCCGUCAUCCCACUGCUUCCCACCUGCAUGGCAUCAGCAGAACAGCUGCUGUUGGCUCCAACCCCAUACAUCAUUGGUGUUCCUGCCAGCUUCUUCCUUUAUAAACUGGACUUCAAGAUGCCUGAUGAUGUGUGGCUGGUGGAUCUGGACAGCAAUAGGGUGAUUGCCCCCACCAAUGCAGAAGCGCUGCCUGCUCUGCCAGAACCAGAGUCUCUAGAGCUGAAAAAACAUUUAAAGCAGGCCCUAGCCAGCAUGAGUCUCAACACCCAGCCCAUUCUCAAUCUGGAGAAAUUCCACGAGGGCCAAGAGAUACCACUUCUCUUGGGAAAGCCUUCUCAUGACCUUCAGUCCACACCUUCCACUGAAUUCAACCCACUUAUUUAUGGCAAUGAUGUGGAUUCUGUGGAUGUUGCAACCAGAGUAGCCAUGGUACGUUUCUUCAACUCCGCUAACGUGCUGCAGGGCUUUCACAUGCACACACGUACCCUGCGACUCUUCCCUCGACCUGUGGUAGCUUUCCAAGCUGGGUCUUUUCUAGCCUCACGUCCCCGGCAUACUCCCUUUGCUGAGAAACUGGCCAGGACCCAGGCCGUUGAGUACUUUGGAGAAUGGAUCCUUAACCCAUCCAACUAUGCCUUCCAACGAAUUCACAACAAUAUGUUUGAUCCAGCCCUGAUUGGUGACAAGCCAAAGUGGUAUGCUCACCAGUUGCAACCCAUCCACUACCGAGUCUAUGACAGCAAUUCUCAGCUGGCUGAGGCACUAAGUAUGCCACCAGAGCAUGACUCUGACUCUGACCCCACUGACGACAGCAGUGCCAGUGAUAGUGUGGAGUAUGAUGACUCCAGUUCUUCUUACUCCUCCCUGGGGGACUUUGUCAGUGAAAUGAUGAAAUGUGACAUCAAUGGUGAUACUCCCAAUGUGGACCCUCUGACACAUGCAGCACUGGGAGAUGCUAGUGAAGUAGAGAUCGAUGAGCUGCAGAACCAGAAGGAAGCCGAGGAGCCUGGCUCAGACAGCAAGAGCUCUCAGGAGCACCCUCCACUGCGCUCUAGCUCCAGUACUACUGCUAGCAGCAGCCCCAGCACCAUAAUCCAUGGUGCCAGCUUUGAACCUGCUGAUUCUACAGAGAUGGAUGAUAAGGCAACAGCAGGCAGCUCCAAAUCUCUCCCUCCCAUGCCUCCCAGUAUUAGCAAAUCAAAUGUGGACAAACAUCAGACAGAGAUUGAAGAGGGGUCAAUGCACCAACGAGCCUAUGACAACCCAUAUUUUGAGCCCCAAUAUGGCUUUCCUCCUGAGGAGGAUGAUGAUGAGCAGGGGGAAAGCUAUACUCCUCGGUUCAGCCAGCCUGUUAAUGGCACUCGGGCUCAACAACUGCUGCGGCCCAACAGCUUGAAACUGGCAAGUGACUCGGAUGCAGAGUCAGACUCCCGAGCAAGCUCUCCUAACUCCACCAUCUCCAACAACAGCACGGAGGGCUUCGGGGGAAUCAUGUCUUUUGCUAGCAGCCUAUAUCGAAACCAUAGUACAAGCUUCAGCCUUUCAAACCUCACACUGCCCACCAAAGGUGCCCGAGAGAAGACUACACCAUUCCCCAGCCUGAAAGUAUUUGGGCUAAAUACUCUAAUGGAGAUUGUUACUGAAGCCGGCCCCGGGAGUGGUGAAGGAAACAGGAGGGCCUUAGUGGACCAGAAGUCAUCUGUCAUUAAACACAGCCCAACAGUGAAAAGGGAACCUCCAUCACCCCAGGGCCGAUCCAGCAAUUCUAGUGAGAACCAGCAGUUCCUGAAGGAGGUGGUGCACAGUGUGCUGGAUGGCCAGGGAGUGGGAUGGCUCAACAUGAAAAAGGUGCGUCGGCUGCUGGAGAGUGAGCAGCUGCGAGUCUUUGUCCUGAGCAAGCUGAACCGUACAGUGCAGUCAGAGGAUGAUGCCCGGCAGGAUGUCAUCCCAGAUGUGGAGAUCAGUCGAAAAGUAUAUAAGGGAAUGUUAGACCUCCUCAAGUGUACUGUCCUCAGCUUGGAGCAGUCCUAUGCCCAUGCAGGUCUCGGUGGCAUGGCCAGCAUCUUUGGGCUUCUGGAGAUUGCCCAGACUCACUACUAUAGUAAAGAACCAGACAAGCGGAAGAGAAGUCCAACAGAGAGUGUAAAUACCCCAGUUGGCAAGGAUCCUGGUCUGACUGGGCGGGGGGACCCAAAGGCUAUGGCACAGCUAAGAGUCCCCCAACUGGGUCCUCGGGCACCAAGUGCUACCGGAAAGAGUCCUAAGGAACUGGACACCAGAAGUUUAAAGGAAGAGAAUUUUGUAGCGUCUGUUGAAUUGUGGAACAAGCACCAGGAAGUGAAAAAGCAAAAAGCUUUGGAAAAACAGAGGCCAGAAGUAAUCAAACCUGCCUUUGACCUUGGUGAAACAGAGGAGAAAAAGUCCCAGAUCAGCGCAGACAGUGGUGUGAGCCUGACAUCUGCUUCCCAGAGGACUGAUCAAGACUCUGUCAUCAGUGUGAGUCCAGCUGUUAUGGUCCGCAGCUCAAGUCAGGAUUCUGAAGUUAGCACCGUGGUGAGUAAUAGUUCUGGAGAGACCCUUGGAGCGGACAGUGACCUAAGUAGCAAUGCAGGUGAUGGGCCAGGAGGCGAGGGCAGUGGCCACUUGGCAAGUUCUCGGGGCACUCUGUCUGAUAGUGAAAUUGAGACCAACUCUGCCACAAGCACCAUCUUUGGUAAAGCCCACAGCUUGAAGCCAAAAGGGAAGCUGGCAGCCAGCCCAGUUCACUCUUCUGAAGAUGUAAGCCAGCGAGUCUAUCUGUAUGAAGGACUCCUAGGAAGGGACAAAGGAUCGAUGUGGGACCAGUUAGAGGACGCUGCUAUGGAGACCUUUUCUAUAAGCAAAGAACGUUCUACUUUAUGGGACCAAAUGCAGUUCUGGGAAGAUGCAUUCUUAGAUGCUGUGAUGUUGGAGAGAGAAGGAAUGGGAAUGGACCAGGGUCCCCAGGAAAUGAUUGACAGGUACCUGUCGCUGGGAGAACACGACCGGAAGCGCCUGGAGGAUGAUGAAGAUCGUUUGCUGGCCACACUUUUGCACAACCUCAUAUCCUACAUGCUGCUGAUGAAGGUGAAUAAGAAUGACAUCCGAAAGAAGGUACGGCGCUUAAUGGGAAAGUCUCAUAUCGGGCUUACCUACAGCCAACAAAUCAAUGAGGUGCUUGAUCAGCUGGCCAACCUGAAUGGACGUGAUCUUUCCAUCCGGUCCAGUGGCAGCCGGCAUAUGAAGAAGCAGACGUUUGUUGUGCAUGCAGGGACAGACACAAAUGGAGAUAUCUUUUUCAUGGAGGUGUGCGACGACUGCGUGGUGUUACGUAGUAACAUCGGGACAGUAUAUGAGCGCUGGUGGUAUGAGAAACUUAUCAAUAUGACCUACUGUCCCAAGACUAAGGUCCUGUGCUUGUGGCGUAGAAAUGGCUCUGAGACCCAGCUCAACAAGUUCUACACUAAGAAGUGCCGGGAGCUGUACUACUGCGUGAAGGACAGCAUGGAGCGCGCUGCUGCCCGGCAACAAAGCAUCAAGCCUGGGCCUGAACUAGGUGGUGAGUUCCCCGUGCAGGACAUGAAGACUGGAGAGGGUGGCUUGCUGCAGGUCACUCUGGAAGGAAUCAAUCUCAAGUUCAUGCACAACCAGGAGCGGAAGGUUUUCAUAGAGCUGAAUCACAUUAAAAAGUGCAAUACAGUUCGAGGCGUCUUUGUCCUGGAAGAAUUUGUUCCUGAAAUUAAAGAAGUGGUGAGCCACAAGUACAAGACACCAAUGGCCCAUGAGAUCUGCUACUCUGUGUUGUGUCUCUUCUCGUAUGUGGCUGCCGUUCGUAGCAGUGAAGAAGAUCUCAGAACCCCACCUCGACCUGUCUCUAGUUGAUAAGAGAGGGGUUAUGCGAUGGUCCAGCCCAGGGAUCACCCCUCACCUCUUGCUGCUCCCAAACGCCAAAGCUGUUGUGACUGAGAGGGGGAGACGUGCAUAGCCCCUCACUGUGGCUUAGCUGGUUCAGUUUCCUAUCUGAAUGUAUCUUUGUGGUGUCUGUCACAGGGCUAGUCCCUUGUACCUUCUCCUCCCUUCCUAGACCAACUAUGACAUAUCCCCUCAGGGCUCAAGGGUGUGUGUGUCUCUGGGGCCAAUUCCAGCCUGCUGUGGUGUGACUUUGAGAUGUUUGUAUUAUGGUUCCUUGUCCUUGUACCUUCCAGUGUAGGAGUCUUCUCUCCAACCUGUGAACUGGCACAACAGGGCUCCUGGGAGUGAGAUGCUUGAGGCCAGCCCUCUUAGAGGCGGGUGGGCAGAGAGCAGGAGGGAGAGUUGGGGGCAGCUGGCGUGAGGGUCAACCUUCUUAGCUCCAUAUGCAUUUCUCAAACUGUGGCCACAGCUCCUGGUGCCUGCCCAACGCUCCAUCAGCGCAGUGGGCAGCCCCAUGAGCUGAGCUUCAGUUGUGCAGUGGUCUUCCUGGCCUGUGGCAUGAGAGAACACAGUGAUGGGCACUAGAGUCCCAUGUACCACUGGCUGCUCUGCCCAAGAGCCAGGGAGAGGUGAGUCAGGACCAAGUUCAGUUCGGUAUUACAUGUCUGUCUGUAAGCAAUGUUUCCUGGCAUCAGGUGCCAGAAGGAAAAGGCGGUUGGGGGGGGGAUGAAUGUAAAUAUUGCAGCUCCACAUUAUUUAUAGAAAAUGUACAGUGUGUGAUAUGAAAUAAAUGUCCUUAACUGUC